GGGCGGUGCGGCCCCAGGUGCCGACCGGGCCCCUGCGGGAGCGGCGGGGCCCGAGCGUAGCGGCCAGGCCCGAGGGGCGGCGCGGAGCCGGGGCGCAGCCGUAAGCGGGGCGGCCGCUGGGCCCGGCGCGGCCCUGCCCCUGCCCCGCCGGAGCGCCCGCCCCCCCGCACAUCCGGGCCCUCCCUCGGGCAGGCCCCUUCCCGGCGCGGCGGCUCCCGCCCGGGCCCGCCUCUGCCCGCCCGGAGCCGAUCGCGGCCGAGCCCCGGCGCGGCCCGGCGCGAUGCUGCGGUGCAUGCCGCCGCUCUGGCGCUGCAACCGGCACGUGGAGGCGCUGGACCGGCGGCACUGCUCCCUGCAGGCCGUGCCCGAGGAGAUCUACCGCUACAGCCGGUCGCUGGAGGAGCUGCUGCUGGACGCCAACCAGCUCCGGGAGCUGCCCAAGCCUUUCUUUAGACUGCUGAACCUGCGCAAGCUGGGUCUGAGUGACAAUGAAAUCCAGAGGCUUCCACCUGAGGUUGCCAACUUCAUGCAACUGGUGGAACUGGACAUCUCUCGUAACGACAUUCCAGAAAUUCCUGAAAGCAUCAAAUUCUGCAAAUCCUUGGAAAUCGCAGACUUCAGUGGGAAUCCUCUCUCCAGGCUUCCGGAGGGUUUCACACAGCUCAGGAGCCUGGGCCAUUUGGCCUUGAAUGAUGUGUCCCUGCAGAGCCUCCCCAAUGACAUUGGGAAUUUGGCAAACCUGGUGACUUUGGAGCUACGUGAGAACCUGCUAAAGACUCUCCCCACUUCACUCUCCUUCCUUGUCAAGUUAGAACAGUUGGAUCUUGGUGGCAAUGACCUGGAAGUACUGCCAGACACUCUGGGAGCACUACCAAACUUGCGUGAGCUUUGGUUAGACCGGAACCAGCUCUCAGCCUUGCCUCCAGAGCUGGGCAAUCUCCGCCGCUUGGUCUGUCUGGAUGUGUCAGAGAACAAGCUGGAGCAGUUGCCCAACGAGGUCAGUGGGCUAGUAGCACUGACAGACUUGCUCCUGUCACAGAACCUGUUGGAAUGCAUUCCAGAUGGGAUUGGUCAGCUGAAGCAGCUCUCCAUCCUCAAGGUGGACCAGAAUCGGCUGACAGAGGUGACAGAGUCAAUUGGGGACUGUGAAAAUCUGUCAGAACUCAUCUUGACAGAGAACAUGCUGACAGCCUUACCAAAGUCCCUUGGCAAGCUGGCCAAGCUGACGAACCUGAACGUGGAUCGGAACCGGCUAACAUCCCUUCCAGCUGAGAUUGGAGGCUGUGCCAAUCUGAAUGUGCUGUCCUUGCGAGACAAUCGCCUGGCCCUCCUGCCACCAGAGCUUGCUAACACCACUGAGCUUCAUGUCCUGGAUGUGGCUGGGAACAGGCUGCAGAACUUGCCAUUUGCUUUGACAAAUCUUAAUCUGAAAGCCCUGUGGCUGGCAGAAAAUCAGUCCCAGCCGAUGCUGAAAUUCCAAACAGAGGAUGAUGAAAAGACAGGAGAAAAAGUUCUCACUUGUUACCUGCUUCCCCAGCAGCCCUCUCCUAGCCUAGAGAAUCUUUUGCAGAACAGUGUGGAUGAGAGCUGGACAGACACCAAUUUAAACAGAGUCAGUGUGAUUCAGUUUCUGGAUGAGCCCAAAGUAGAUGAUGAUGAGGAGUCUGGAGCUGAGAGACGGGGCUUACAGCGCAGAGCAACCCCUCACCCUAGUGAACUGAAGGUUAUGAAGAAAGUGAUUGAAGUUCGGCGCAAUGAGGUGCAUGCUGCGAAGCCUGACACGGAACUGAGUUCUCCUAACGCAGAAGAGAAGAGGCUGAGCACCAUGUCAAAUCGCAGUGAGGACUCCCACCUGUCCAACAGCACUGCUUCUGCUGACUUCAGGGGAGAGGAGCAGGGAGAGGAGGGAGAGAAGAGCUGGCCAAAUGGGCAGGUGCCUGAGAUGCAGGAGCUGGAGAAGGUGGCAAAGCCCAGAGCUGAAGAGGAACAUAAGGAAGCUGCUGGCCAAGAGGAGGAAGAUGUGGAAGUGGAAUACAAUGAGCCCACUGUACACUUUGCUGAGGACACACUAAUACGGAGUGAGGAUGAGGAUGAGGAUGAAGAGCGACCAUUCCCAGUGGAAAAACAGAGGCUUAUCCGGAAGGACACGCCCCAUUAUAAGAAACACUUUAAGAUAACUAAACUGCCCAAGCCAGAGGCAGUGGUGGCACUCCUGCAGGGGCUGAACAGUGAUGGAGUCCCCAAAGAGGAAGAGGAGUUAGGAGGCUGCAAUAAUAACACAGAGCCUGAGGAUCAGGAGGAAGCGUGGGAUGAGGAUGACAGAAAGAACGGAGCUUUAUCUGCUCAGCCAUCAGUUAAGGGGGUGUCGUUUGAUCAAGCCAAUAAUCUGCUGAUUGAACCUGCUCGCAUUGAGGAGGAAGAGCUGACACUGACUAUCGUGCGGCAGACGGGGGGGCUGGGCAUCAGCAUCGCAGGGGGCAAGGGCUCCACCCCCUAUAAGGGUGAUGAUGAGGGCAUCUUUAUUUCCCGUGUGUCAGAAGAGGGUCCUGCAGCUCGGGCAGGGGUUCGUGUUGGGGACAAGCUUCUGGAGGUGAACGGCGUGUCCCUGCACUGUGCUGAGCAUCAUGUGGCGGUUGAAGCUCUGCGUGGAUCAGGAAGCUCCGUCUCCAUGACAGUUCUGCGGGAGCGGAUGGUGGAGCCGGAGAAUGCCAUCACUGUCACACCGCUGCGCCCUGAGGAUGACUACAGCCCUCGUGAGAGGCGAGGUGGUCUGCGCUUCCCAGAGCGACCCGAGGGGGCACCUCCCACGGAGAGAUAUUCCACCUGCCUUAUGCGCAAUGAGAAGGGCCUGGGCUUCAGCAUUGCUGGUGGCAAAGGCUCCACGCCCUACCGGGCUGGGGACACGGGGAUCUUUAUCUCACGGAUUGCAGAGGGUGGUGCAGCCCAUCGGGACGGGAUCCUGCAUGUAGGAGAUCGGGUCAUCUCGCUCCUGAGCCUUCUGGGAGAGAAUUUAAUCUUGGCGGUUCUACCCCAGCCUGCGACUGGCGGCGGGUGCAGUUAAUGCCUCCCCUUUCCCCAAGUGCUGCAUGUGAGUGCUUCCCCACAGGAACAGCAUGUGGCAGUCUGAGCUGUGCUGGAGAGAGGUGAUAUGACAGCACUGCCCUGGCCUGGUGUCCCUCCAUCUGGCCCUAUAGGACAGCCUCGGAAGGCUCUGCCGCAGCAUGGCAUGUGGGAAGGGAAGCCCUUUGGGGCACAGCUGACCGGCUCCCUGCAGAGAGCCGGGUGGCAGGGGUCAGCUUAGGCUAAAGUGGAGGGAGGCUGCUUGAGGGUGGUGUGGAGCUGGGCAGGGCAUAACGCAGUGCUUCCCACUGCUUUCAUUUGAAACUCUGGCCCCAGUUUCCCUUCCCGUUUGUGCCAGUGGUAUGGAUCUCACUGCUGCCUCUAACUUCAAGUCUCUCUGCCUAAUGUGUCACUUGCUCCCCCUCCUGCGGGGAGAGUCUGCCGAGUCUCCUGACCCUCUUCCCAAGCUCGCAUGCUGCCUCUGAGUGAAAGCUCCUGCAUCCUGGUGCUGGUGGUGGGUUUCUGAUCCAGCUGUUGUGGUAAGAGCACGUGUUACCACAGAGCUGGCGUGAGUAAACACUGAUACAGCCUUGUCAGUGCUGGCUUCUGUCUGCUCUAUCCCUAGGCUGGGGGCUGUGUUGUAUUUAUGCUGUGGAAUAAAAUUUUAGUGGAGCUCUGGCCCAGGUCUGACAUCUAUAUCUUGGCAGGAGACUUGAACUGGUCCAGCAUUUUUCCCUCCUUGCUAGUGCUCCCCCCUCCUCCCAAAAUCAAGCCCUGACCCUGAUUGUUGUCAGAUAGCCUUAAUUAUUUUGGGUUUGCUCAUCUUAGGACGCUCCACUGGUACAGAGGCAUGACUGAGAGGCGUAAUUACAGGCACACAGCCUAUCAUGUGCCGUUGAUUUGCUCUACCUGUGGCAAGAAGGAAACAGAAGAUCUCAGAAUAGAGUCAAAAGUCAGACCUGCCUCCAACCCCCCGUUAGCAGUUCUAUUUAUAUCCGUGGGCAGCUUCAUAGGAAAAGCAGAUCUAAUUCCCUAGUAAUAGCUUGCAGUGUCUUCAGACUGCAAUUUAGGGCUCAGAGAACUCAAGGUCUUUGUUAGAUUUUAAUGUGGAUGAAGGCCUUGCUGUCAUUAGUACUCUGACAUCCUGCUGCCAGGAUGAGCACAGUAUUACUGCAUAGGUGGGAGAUAUGUCUGUGCUUGAGAGCAUAGUCCUCUGCUCUCAAGUAUGUUACCUAUUCUGAAGUGUGUGUAGUCAUAAAAGAUUUGGUGCUGAGGAUCAGCUGGCAGCCCAACUCUUGUGCUCAGUUAUGAUGAAAGCAGCAACAAAUUAUUAUCUUCCAGGAGAACACUUACCUAGUCUGGACUAUUCACAUAACUUCUGUGCCUUCCAGCAAGUGUCUGACUGUUACUUCUCCAGCAGGCAUGCCUCCUGGCAGCAGUUGCCAUUCUGCCUUUCCUGCUUGUGGGGUUCACGCUUGUGGGAUAUCCACGCAGUGGUAGUGUAACAUCCUGAGGCCUCCCAUAUGGCCUCUCAGCUAUAUGGGGCUGGCGCUGAUCUCUUCCCUCUGGUGACCAACGAGAGGACCCGAGGGAAUGGCAGGGAGAUGUGCCACGGGAGAGUCAGGUUAGGAAAAGGUUCGUCCCCCAGAGGGUGGUGGAGCCCUGGAACAGGCUCCCCAGGGCGGCAUCACGACACCAGCCUGGGGAUAUUCAAGAAGCACUUGGACAAGGCCCUCAAAAGACGUGGUGUGAAUUUGGGGCUGUCCUGUGCAGGGACAGGAGUUGGACUUGAUCCUUGUGGGUCCCUUCCAACUCAGGACAUUCUAUGAUUCUAUGAUACCUUCUCAGUGAUACUUGUCCUCGAGAAUAUCUACUUGCUGUAAGAGAUGCGUGAGCAGCUGUGUGAGUUUCACUGUCUCUGGCAAAAUCUGGCGCUAGAUUAGAGCUGUGGGGCUGCCCUGGCCCAGUGAUACUGGACACUGAGAGCGUAUCUGUUCACUUCAAAGCUGUGCCCACAUAGCAUCGCGUAAAUUCCCUAUUUGCCACAACUCUUUUGAAGCAGUGGUUGCCCAUUUUUGUUGGAAAACUUUUCAGGAUGUGAUGAUUCCUGGGGUGUGCAGUGCAGGUUGCAUGUGUUCCCCUGCAUCUGCAUGGGGAAAGCAGGAGGGCCUUCAUUAGGAUACAGGUGGUUUCAUAAGUCCAGCAGGCAGAAGCCCAUUUCCAAAGCCUAGUCUCUAGUCUCCUAGUCAUGCCUCAGUUCUCACUUUGCCAAAGAAUUCUUGUUUUCUUAGGAGAAGAAAUACAGCACAGCUUCAUACUCUUCCCCUGUGCUCUAAAUCAUCCUGGACUUCUCUGCAGGGGAAGGACUAGGAUAGCUCCUUUUACUUUCUUAAGGGAGCUUUGAGUACAUGGGUUGAAGAGCCAGCCUAGAUCUCUCUUCAAAGUUAACACCCCACAGAACUCACCAGUGAUUGACUACUAACUCUCCAGCUUCCCCCAUAUUCUAGUGUGUCCUGAGAGUCAUCACAGGCAUCUUGAGAGAUGUUUUGGCAGUGGAAGACAUGGGAACUGCAAGGGGGGAAUGCUGGAGAGUUUGAAUUGUGGGAUGAGAAUCUAGAAGGGAGGGUGCAGGACUGGGAGCAGUGGCUAAGGGCAGCUAGUUUUUUUGGAUAGGACUGGGAGUAGACUGAGUAAAACAUUCUGAGGGAGGUUUAGGACCCUAGUAGCACCAGGCAACACAUGGGGUCCUAAUGAGAGCAGUCUGAUCACUAAGAAAUUUGCCAGAACAAUAUAACUGCCUGGCACCCAGGAGAGUCUGUAGAGCUGGGAAAGGACAGAUGACACUCUUUCCCUUCCUCUGGUCACUUAGAUAGCUGAACUGCACUGGUUGGCCUUGUUCUCUUGCUAAGCAGAGACGUAGCAAUAAAGGCCACUGAAAACUAGCUGUCGAAAAGCUGGGAAGGCAUCAUGAUUGCCAGGUAAUGGAGAAGUUAAUGAGUGAAAUGCCAUCAAGGGCUGUUAUAUAUGAUAUAUCGCUGACUCGGAGUUCCUGUGUUCCUGUGUCCCUGUUCACUAGGUGGGGGAAGUACCACUGUAUACUUUUGGUCUGACCAAGUCUGACCAUUCUCAUCUUCUUGUCAGUGGCAGAAGAACAAGAGGGGAAUGCGUGCUGCUUCAGCAGGUCUGUCUGUGGAGUAUGUUGGGCCUUGAUCUGGUGAUAAGAACCUAAGGGCCAAGUCUCUUCUGCAUGACAUCUUUGUUAAAAAUUGGUAUAUCUGGCAGAUGGGAGAACCCAAGGGGAGCCUCCCUUCCCAGUCCACUGGACACAAGGCUGCCACUUUUCCUCAUUCCAGCCAUCAGGAAAGCACAUUCCAAAGAUGAAACACAGUGCAGAUGUGGCUGGCCACAGAUUUACAGACAAGAAGGGAGGCAGUACAUUUGCAGGGGCACACAUAAACACAAACACAAACAACUCUCAUAGGGCAUGAACAACACAGAGAGCUUAACCCUAUUCCUACCCUCUGGCUAAUCAGGUUUAAAGUUUGCUAGUGGAACAUGCAUAUAUAGUCCCUCACUCAACUCACAUAACUCACAUCAAUAUUCAUGUUUGCAGAUCUCUUCAGUCUCUGGCCCAACUGUCAAGUUCUUCAAGGCUUUUUUGGUCAGACCCGAAGCCUUUUAUCCAGUUUCUGGGCCAGCUGUUGGGGCUUUCCACGUUUUGGAUUCAUACUGGCUGGCUAGUCUAACUUGAAUUUUACUAGUAGAUCUUGCACUCAUACCUAGAGCAGAGAGCAAACUCACACAGUAAAUACAAACAGUUUGAUAAAAAGAUAGAGCAGACUAUGGUGAUCAAGCACAGGGCUUGGCCCCAUAAGCAUACUGACCAGCAACCUGCUUGCAUGUGAUCAGCCUCUCUUAUUCUCCACUGUCUCUAUUUUCCCAUGCUUGUUCCUCCCCUCUCCUCCUUGGCCGCUCCCCUUUCCCACAUAUGAUCCUUCUGCUAAACAUCCCAUAAUAAGUUUUGCACAUUCCCACAAUCCUCCUUAAAACUUCCUGUAGCAAGUUUGCUCUUUCCAGUGAGAGCUAUUCUGAUAACCCAUUAUAAUCUUUAUUCCCUCUGCAUAUUGAUUACUGAGUUUUUGGUUGCACUUUAAUGUUACUGUUUGAGUGAUUCCUUUAAUGAUCCAUCCAUGAGUGUCUUGAGUUUUCUGUUAUCUGCAUUUCAUUAAGUUUUGUGCAUCUGCGUGUUUAAUUUAUUCUCUUCCUGCUUAUUGCUUUGUCUCUCAUGCUCAGGAGCUAUUACCCAGGUACCUUUAUAUCCUUCCUGUAUGCAUGUGCAGGCUGGCAUGCCUUCACAUCCUACUGUUUGUCCUCUGUGGUUGGUGCCAAGGGUGUCCCUUCAGGGACAAUCCUCUGAGUAGAGGAGAUGCUGGGGGCCUGAAAGUUUCCUUUUUGUGUCCGACAGCAUAGGGCUGUCUUGCCUGUCUUCUUCCAUGUUGUAAGGGGAGUAGCACGCUUGACUGUGGAUGGGAUGGGGCAGGUCGGGUGAGGGUGGUUGCAGUGUUUAUGGAGGUUCUGGACAAAGCCUUGUCAGACUGUGUGCAGUCCGCUUUGUCCAGAAACUGCUUUCAUGGAAGGAGCUGGGGAGUAACUGUAAUAUUUCUAGGAAUCAGACAUCGAGGAAUUGGGCUACAAAAUCCAGUUGCUGUGUCUGUUACAAAGUCACCUUGUUAUUUCCUAGGGUGAUCAAACUCCAUCUUAAGAGCUGUUAUUUUCAUGUCCUCAUUGUUCAUUUUGGAAAGCUUUUCCAGAACCCAAGGACUAGAAACCUUUUAAUUUUCAGCUUCAGCUUUUUCAUGGCAAGUUUCAUCCUUUUGGCAGUGUUCUUCUAGCUUAGCUCUCCUCUCAAUAUUCUGUCCUUCAUACAUUCAUGGACAGUCGCAUCCUUUCUGGUCCUUUGAGUUUCUAGGCAAGCUGUUUUAACUCUCAAUUUCAUAGGAAAGGCUCUUUGUUCCCCUGCCUGUCGUAUCAGCUUUUCCCUGCACAUCUUGUUAACUUAUGUUAGAUAAUUUUUUGUGUGUGUGAAGGAUGAGAAUAGGAUACAGUUUUUCAGAUGAGUUCUCUUCAACGCUUUGUGUGAAUGACAUUGCUGCUUCCCUGUACGUGCCGGAAGUGCUUCUUUGUCUGAAGCAUCAUAUCUUUCACUGAUAUCACAAGAUGACUGUGGUUGUAUUCUUGGAAUUAUUUGGCAUAACAUAUUAGAUAAUGUUUUCCAGUCCAAAAGAGUGCUAGUUUUCCUUUUGCAUCAGCCAGUCAGUCACUGUGGACCAACAGAGUCUCAUUCUCAGUGCUUCCAAGUCUUCUUAUACCUGGGUUACCUUUUUUAUGGCUUAAAACUGACAUCUUCUCCAGACUGCCAUGACCUUGCCCAGCAGUCCAGUGGCCAGUGACAGGUCCUGUCGCAUAUCAGGUCAUGUUCUUCAGUGCCUGUAUCUGGGCUUUGAAAGUGAUUGAUGAGUGCAAGCAGCCUAGUGCAAAGGCAGCUGAUGCUAUGGCACAUUAGCGUGCUGUGACAUCACUUCUGGGAAUCACUGUUAUGUCGUCUUCCCAUAUUGAGGCCUUUGGACCCAUUCCUUUAAUGCAACCUCUUGGGCUCCUUUUGUCAUGACCCAGUAGGAAAGCUGGAAUGCAAAGCCAAGGAGUGACAGGUGCUCUCCUGGUACUGAGUGAGCCACAGCAUAGCCUGGCCAAUAGCUAAGUUUGCAGUGCGCCAGGAGGUGGAGCACCAUGAUUGGUCUUCAUGGUCCCCUGGAGCAUCACUGAUGCUGUUAGGGCUUGGAGCUCUACAGGGAAGGUGGGAAACAGGCUGGUAAGCUGUCUAGAAAGAGGAUUGUCGUCAGGGGAGAAUGAGCAGGUGCCUGUGUCCCUUUGUCAGAGAGGAGGGAGUGGGGUAAGUUACAAAGUGCUUUUGGGUACAGGCUUUUUUGAAGGGGCAGUGUUCCAGUGGAAUGGGGGUCCCUUAGAGUGCUUGGCUAUGUGCUUAAAAUGACAGGGUGUACUCGGGUGAUGGUCUGACACUGAGUUUGCGGGU